UAAAUACUAUAGCGUCAAUUUUAAUGAACAAUGCUUUAUAGUGCUAGUAUUUAUCGCUUUGUCUCGAGUCGGUGACAAUUUAUGCGACAUUGGUCUUAAAUCGGACUUCUUGCUGAAACCAGCGAAGAACGGAAUUUACAUUCCCGAAGCUGCUUUGUUCAACAUAUAAGUUGAGCUAGGACAUUAGGAGUUCGAGCACAUGUUUCUAAGUGUAGCCUUUGUCCUAUAUCGAGGAAUAGGGAAAGCAGAUGAAUAUUGACGGAAGCGUCUAGUUUCGAAUAUCGUGGUGAGCUGCCGAAAGAGGAAUCUUGGAGCACACAAAGAUAGCUACCAACUAACUUGAUAAUGGAGGCGUCUCCUGGUACCAUCUCUUCAGGACCGAAGAUUUGCUCGCCUUGCGCCUUGUGUCUCAUUAACCAUUCAUUUCUUCUCUUCUCUCCAAAUUCUUUUUAUCAUUCGUUCCACCGAGUUACCUGGGCUCUGAGCGUACCGCAGACAUGUCGGCGGACAAGAACGACCAAGUCCUCUCGAAGAAGAGGGGGUUACUACAGAGAUUGCAAGAAAAUUACAGGCGACUUAAAGCCUACCAUGCGUUAGCCACACAUGAUAUCGGAGAACUAGAGAAAGAUGGGGACACCUGGGCCCGGGAAGGACGGGUGUCUAGACGUGCACAUGCGAGGAGAUUGGGGGAACGGGAGGCGAAAAGGCGGCGCCGCGGAAGCUUUGAAUCACCGUUUGAGACGGAGACCGGGCAAACCGCGACUGAUCUGCUUGAUCGGAAAAUCGCCUCGUAUCGGAAUCGCAUUAGGCGAACUUCAGUUCAGAUACUCGUCGCUGCGACCGCCGGCUACCAACACCGCGAAACGAGCCUAGCAGCCAGGCAAGGGGGGCUCAUUACCGACUCCGAUUCCAACAAUGACUUUGGCGAUGGCAACGGCGGUGAUGACGAUGACGAUGGUGGUGCAAUGGUCAAAAUGGCUAUGGCUAUGCUAAUUCGACCUACCCAUGCGGAGCCACCUUUGCUUGGGGAAAAUUUGAUGGCUUCAGAAAAGGCUUCAAGUCGUCCAUAUGGUCCAGCUGACGAAGAACCGGACAUCUACAACCCCAGACUUUGGAAUUGGCUCUACGACAUCGACGUUGAGUGGCUCAAGGACGAUGUGACCCGAACAAAAUUCAAAAAUCAUCCGGACAAUGCUCCAUUGGGGCGUAUGACCUGGAAGCAGCAAGAGAAGACUUUCCCGGUCCUAAACUCGAUUUUCAAAAUGCGGAGAAAGGACGAGUCUGAGUUAUGGAACCCGAUGACUAGGGUCCACGAAGAGAUGAAUUUGUCCGAGCGUCCCCCACUGGAGGCCGACAUAAACACGCUGUUGUCGCUUGAGAGGCAAAGGGGCUUUGAGCGGCGAGAGUUUAACCCCAUGUAUUACGAAUAUUCGCGAGUGCCGCUUGACCUGCCCGCGAAGUUGAGCGAUGAAGAGAUGAGGCGCGGGCCCCUUCCAGCACCGCCGCGGUUACCGUUGAUGUCAAAUGCUGGCAGACAGGUGAAUCUUGGUAGGGAGCCUACACCCCCAUUCGAGUCCGACCGCGACGAACGGAGGUGGAACUUCCUAAACAUGGUUGAUGAGAAUCCGUUACCCAUCGCCCAGUAUCACUACCCUAUUGACUCGCCCGCCGUCUCGACUUUCAAGUUCAACGAUGGUAGACAAGUCUCCGACAUACUUAAGCCAGGUCCGCUAGACGAACUCCGCCAAGUCCGCGGCAGUCAGGAGAUAGUGGAUUAUGGAAAGCAGGUAGAGAGCGAAACAGCCCACUUGAAGGAACCGUACCACUCGGGAGUCGUGUCGGAGCGGCCCCCGCCGGGUUUCAGGCCUGGCGAUCCUGGAACCAAGAUGACCGAGGCUGAGAGAAAACGAUUCAUAAACGCGAGGAAGGAACUCGAGAGGCGAGCCAAGGAGGAGCUCUCCAGAGCGAUUCGCAGAGAGAAUGCCGCAAGGAGACGAGCAGCAAAGGAAACAGUGGGCACGCCACCGUUCAGGAACGAUAAGUUCAGUGCUCAGAUGGGGAACUUAGAUGGCAAGAUGGACGUUUGGGAGCAGUACUAUGAAGCGCAAAAGGAAAAUCCAUUUUGGCAUUUUGAAGAUGUGAACGACUCAGAAUCACAUCUACAUAAUGAUAUUAAGAAGACGGGUAGCGGGUAAGGUUGUUAGUAGCCACAGAUUAUUAGCUCACUUAGCUUGAUUCUGUCAUGUAGGAGAUUUGUAAUAAAUGGCGCCAUCUUUUGCGAUCUUCGCCUCG